UCCCCUUGACGUGUCGACCGCGUUUCCCCCUGCUUCGCUCCCCCAACCGCAUCAAUUUCUUGUCACUUGAACCCGUUCACUUUCGAUUUCCACCACUUCUAAUUAAACUCUUGCUUUUGAUUUUCCAUGCAACCGAGCACGGUCGUCAUCUUGCGCCAGAACUUUACUUAGACGUCCUCACACUUCCCUCGCCAUCGUUCCUGCUGCACCGCACCGUGCUACUGUCUCGCUGGGAGAAGGCAACAUCCCCGGCCUCGAACUCCCCCGACCCAUCUCGACGCCAUGUCCUUCUUCUCCCGCGUGUUUAGGAGCAAGGGCGCUGCCUCGAAGAAGAAUGCCCUCCCGCAGAAUGACCCCGUCUCCAAGCCCAAACCGCGUUGGGAAGAUGCGUGGUCGAGAACCGAGUUGGCCUCGGAGGAGGUCCGCGAGCUUAUCCACGAGUGUACUCACGAGAUGAAAUCAAGGGCCCUCGACACCCCCUUCGUCAUGCUUCCCUUCCGUCCCGACAGCGACACCAGCUCCGCGAAGAGUUUGGUCAGGAACUUCUUCAAGGCACAGUACGAGGAGAGCGGACUAUAUACCGGCACGCAUCUGCAGCAGGAGCUGCGCCUGACGGAGCCAAUGGUCCUCUGCAGUGUCCUCAAAUGGUGCUGGAGCCGACUCGCUGGCGGCCUUGUCACUUGGGACGCUUAUGAGGUUUUCAAGAUUGGCGAACAAGACUCGAACAUGGCCCGCAACGCCUUCGACACCUUCAUCCCCCUGAGCGUCGAUUCCGAUGCUCGGAAACAAAUCAUCUUUGAUUUCUUCGACCUCCUCGCUGCAGUGGCUGCCAGAAGCAAAACUAAUGGAUUGGGUGGACGCAAAUUAUCGCGCAUGGCCGGAUGGUGGGCCUUUGAACAUACGGACCAGGGGAAUGGUUUCGAUGGAGGAUACAAGUCCUGGACAAAUGCCGCCGACGCCUGCAGUCAUCUGUUCUUUGCCUACCUUCGAUCGCUCUCCCCAGACUCCGUAGGGGGCAUCAGCGGGAUCUCUGCAAUUCCCAGAUCACUACAAGCUCUGCUUUCACAGACCGAAUAUCCACCCGAGACACCGACCCUUCUUCAGACCACCACUUCGAAGGUGGUGAUGAUCGUCGACGCCGUGUCACCGACCCCCUUUGCUCUGCUCCGAAGAUCCAAGAAUUUCGAAUAUCGCGAUGACGAUGAGGCCCUGCAGACGUUCUCGGCUUACGAAGACCCGGUCAAAGCCCUCACCGAUGAAUGUUGUCGUGUGUUGAACGCCAUCUCACAUACCAAUGAAUCGAAGUCGACCGCAGUCAAUCCCAAAGCCGAGGGGGCGAGUGACCCGUCGUGGUCCCGAUUUGAAGACCUCGGCUUCAAUACCGGCGCAGGCACGGGCGCGGACGGAUUUGUAAACAAGGCGAAUGGCAACUCCUCGGGCGCUGGCGAUCUGGCUGGAUUUUCGGCAGGUCUGCGUGGAACUCCGCAGUCUCACACGGCGUUUGGGCGGCCGACCACGCCUUCCUGGGCGGACUUCUUGUCUACCGGGUUCGUUGACGACAAGAAAUCCGGUCCAUCCUCUCUGCUGCUUCCCCCGGACAAAGUGCUUCCACCCAUCGGUGAGCAGCGUGGACAUAGUUCUCAGUCGCAUGUUCGCCAUUUUCAACCGGAGGGCAACCUUGAACCGGGCGAGCUGGCGAGCAUCACGCAGUUCGACCUCGACGACACCUUCUGGUGGGUGUGGAUCACCAGCCUGGCUGGCGAAGAGCCCGCUCAACGAAAAGCCGUCUUCGGCCGCUGCGCGCUCAUCGAGACGGACAUCUCCGGCGCUCGAUGGCUGCUCAUCGAAGAGCAAGUGAAGGGUGCCUCGCCGGGCCCGGAAGAAGGCGCAUACAUCGCUGAGAAGAAAAGCCGAUUCAGCUUCUCCCGACGCGGACGACUGGCGCGCAAGAAGUCCAAGAACCAGCCGCCCACGAUCAAGGAGCCGUACAACCGUGCCGCGUCGAGCACGCCGAUGAAGAGCUCCAUCGGACCGGACCAGCAAGCCAAGAUCCAAGCCGCGGCCGCCGCACUAGCGAAGAAAGACCGCGACCGCCAAGCCGAGAAAUCGAACGGGCGUCGGUCCCGAAACGACGACGACGUGUCGCAGAAGACGAACAGCGUCCUGACCCUACAACCAGUGAUCAUGAGCGAGGCUGCCCCCGCGAUGAAAUGGGCGAAAGAGUUCGACCGCGGCGCGAUCAAGUCCGCGUACUUGAGCGACCCGAACGCCGGUCGCGGCUCCAGGGAGAAUCUCGGUGGGAGCUGGGUCGACUUGGGGGCGUCGAACGGGUCCUUGUCGCCCCCCAUUCCGCGGAAGGCGUCCAACCGUGAGCUGCCUGCGCUCCCGAGAGAAGCUACGCCGGUGCGAUCGCCAUCUCCACCGCCUUUACCCGCGACGCCUCCAGUGGAGACGCCGACGCGUACCGCCGCUGUUCAGGAAGCCGCGGGCGUUCCGCUUCCGUCGCUUGAAAAGAAGGAGUCUGCGUCUGAGGAGCGCGAUCACGCGGCCUGGAGAAAAGGCUCCUCCAGCCCGGAAUCCGUCAAAGGCGGCAAAGAGCCGAAGAAGCUCCAGAAGCAGUCCGGUGGCAGCGGGUUCAAGCGGAUCUUCAGUCGCAAGAACAAGGCCGAUGGCCCGUCGACCAAGGACGACUCCGCGCCGCCUGCCGAACCCCAACGCAAGGUCAUCUCCGCGCCGAUCAUCGAAUACAACGAGCCGGAUGAACCCUCGCCCCCGACUACCAAGCCGGACCAUGUCUUCGCCCCGACGCAGCCCUCGCACCCUUCCCACACCUACGUCGACCCCGCCCCCCGCCCGCAGCAAACCUCCCGCAUCGGCACCAGCGAGCAGGAAGAAGCUGACGCCGAGUUCUCCCGCUUCGACCAAGGCCCGCUCGCCGACGUCCCCGCCUACGUCCCGGACUCCGCCUCCGACCACUCCGUCCGCGCCCCCUCCCCCGACCCCCAGCCCGCCUACCGCCACGAAUCCCCUCCGCCGGUCCCGCAGCCAGCCCACGCACAGCCCACCCGCGAAGCCCCCGCCGUCCCGCUCACCCGCCCCGUCCGCAAACCCUCUCCCGAACCCACCCCAGAGCCCGCCGCCGCCGCCGCAUCAGCACCACCACCGCAGCAACCCACCUCCGAAGCCAAGCCGAUCCCGGUCGGCGACCGAUGGGCGCAGAUCCGCAAGAACGCGCAGGAGCGGGCGGCGCGAAUGAGCGAGGAGCAGACGACGGGGCGAAGUCGCAGCCAGAGCGACGAUAAGACGGAGGAGGGAGACACGAGCGGGGAGGAGACGAUCGAGUCACGGGUGGCGCGGAUUAAGGCGCGGGUGGCGGAGUUGACGGGGAAUAUGGACGCGUCGGGGAAUAUCACGACGGCUGGAGGCGGGGCGAAGCGGUAGAUGGAGGUGAGUGAGCUUGGCUCUGUUUAUGGUUUGGGAAGGAGUUUGAGGACUAACGAAAUUACAGGAUGAGAUGGUCGGUCGGCUAUGAUUAUUGGUCUCCCCCAUACUUUUCCAUC